CUGACUCCACACACACACACACACACACACGCACACCCACUCACAUACAAGCUGCUUCUACUCUGUUUAUCUUAUAUCCUGUUGCCUAGUCACCUUACCUCUACACAUAUCUACCUCCAUCAAUCCAGUAUCGAAAUUGUAAAUAUGGUAUUGGAACUGACCCUGUAAUAGUAUACUUACUUACUUAUUGUGUUCUUCAUAUUUCUUCUUAUUUGUCGUGUUUUUUUUGUUGUAUUACAUUGUUAUUGAUUAUUGCAUUGUUGGGUUUUGAGUUUGCAAGGCAUUUCACUGUACUUGUGUAUGUGACAUUGAAUCUUGAAGGUAUGUAACAGGUAAGGAAUAAGAAGUUUGUUUAUUAUGUCCUCAUUUCUCUCUGUGCCAUUCCCCAGUGUGAAUCACUGUGUGAGCAGCAGGAGGGAGGGUUUUUGUGCAACAAACAUUGGUUUCACUUCCCUUUGCCUUACCACAGCAAUAAAGUUAAUAGGCCUCUGUUAUGAAACUGUCUGAAAAAAUAGCUGUAGUGUUAUUGUCACUGAAGAUCUGAGUAGAAUUGUCCCUGUUUUGAAUCUUUUCAUGUUUUCAUGUCACACUGGUAUUUAAGUAGGUUUCCAUCUUACCCAUACAUGCACUAACUGUGAUUUGUAUGUUUCAUAUAACUUUCUGUGAGUAGAUGGGUGUGUCUUAUAUUAAAACAUUGUCCAUUGUUUCCCCGAAGUACUGUUUACACAACAACAAUGAGUGCAGCCAGCCCUGAGAAAUACAACACAGAGGUCAGACCAGAUGUAAUGGAACUACUAACAUGUCUAAUCACUGACUCUCAGGUGUGUCUCAGUUGUGUCCCAAAACCCAAUGUUUUGAUCUGCAACAUCAGGAAUGUGAGCGUGACCAUACAAAUAGGUCUUAUUUACAGAACUCUACACCAUGGUAUACCAUAGUAUAGAACAAUUAGAGUAGAUAUACAGUUGAAGAUGGAAGUCUAUAUACAUCUUAGCCAAAUAGAUUUAAACUCAGUUUUUCACAAUUCCUGACAUUUAAUCCUAGUAAAAAUCCCCUGUCGUAGGUCAGUUAGGAUCACCACUUUAUUUUAAAAACGUGAAAUAUCAGAAUAAUAGUAGAGAGAAUUAUUUCUUAAAUUUUUUAUUUCUUUCAUCACAUUCCCAUUGGGUCAGAAGAUUACAUACACUCAAUUAGUAUUUGGUAGCAUUGCCUUUAAAUUCUUUAACUUGGGUCAAAUGUUUCGGGUAGCCUUCCACAAGCUUCCCACAAUAAAUUUGGUGAAUUUUGGCCCAUUCUUCCUGACAGAGCUGGUUUAACAGAGUCAGGUUUGUAGGCCUCCUUGCACGCAGACGCUUUUUCAGUUCUGCCCUCAAAUUUUCUAUGGGAUUGAGGUCAGGGCUUUGUGAUGGCCACUCCAAUACCUUGACUUCAUUUUGCCACAACUUUGGAAGUAUGCUUGGCGUCAUUGUCCAUUUGGAAGGCCCAUUUUGCAACCAAGCUUUAACUUCCUGACUGAUGUCUUGACAUGUUGCUUCAAUAUGUCCACAUCAUUUCCCUUCCUCAUGAUGCCAUCUAUUUUGUGAAGGGCACCAGUCCAUCCUGCAGCAUAGCACCCCCACAACAUGAUGCUGCCACCCCCGUGCUUCACGGUUGGGAUGUUGUUCUUUGGCUUGCAAGCCUCCCCCUUUUACCUCCAAACAUAACGAUGGUCAUUAUGGCCAAACAGUUCUAUUUUUGCUUCAUCAGACCAGAGGACAUUUCUCCAAAAAGUACGAUCUUUGUCCCCAUGUGCAGUUGCAACGCGUAGUCUGGCUUUUUUUUAUGGCGGUUUUGGAGCAGUGUCUUCUUCCUUGCCGAGCGGCCUUUCAGGUUAUGUCGAUAUAGGACUCGUUUUACUGUGGAUAUAGAUACUAUUGUACCUGUUUCCUCCAGCAUCUUCACAAGGUCAUUUGCUGUUGUUUCUGGGAUUGAUUGAAAGUCAAUAUAUAUAAAAAAUAUUUAAAAAAAUAAAAAGAGUUCUUAACAGGGCAUGUUUUUUUUUAAACACACAAACCUCAUACCUAGCAAUCACUUCGAUACAGACAGCUGUAAUCAACGAGGAAGUCAUGGUAUGACCCCAAACAACACACGUUGCCCUUUAACAGGUACAGUAUGCCAUCCUUCUAUAUAAAGAACAGUCUACUCUAGCCGCAUCAAGUCAUUAGCCAGCCUAAUCCACUCUAGGCUUGUUGCCCUGAUUAAGCCAUAAUGCCAAACAAGCCACACCAGAGAACAAGAGAGCAACAAGAGAGCUGCCAUAUGGAAUAGCAGCACAUGAUGUCAGUAGUGAAGUAUAAGAAUUAAGUGGAAAAUAUUAUUGUCCACCUCACUAGUAUGUAUGAUCUCAAACCUUGACUUGAUGUGUGUGGAUUGAAGAGAAAUGCAAAGGUGCAAAUGCUCCAAGAAUAAAUACUGAGACCAACUAUUCAUGGCCAAAAUACUUGGGAACUUGUUGACAGAGUAGCGCUGGUGACCAGGAAUAACCAUUCCUGACAGGAAUAACCAUGGGAUGUGGCGUCGCAAAGUCGAACAAGUUCCAUACAAAAAAGGGGGGAAAAGCGAUGAAGGCAGCUGUGUUGAUCCAGCGCUGGUACCGUCAGUAUGUGGCUCGUAUGGAGAUGAGACGCAGAUACACCUGGAACAUCUUCCAGUCUAUAGAAUACUCUGGGGAGCAGGCCCAGAUCAAACUUUACAAUUUCCUUGGCUACCUCAUGGACAACUUCAACCCAACUAGCACUGAACGCAACUUAAUCUCCCACAUAUUCAGAGAGAAUGAAGUGUGCCGCGAUACAGAGUGGGAGAGGCACUUCUGCUAUAAGAAUAUUGAGGUGCCAGAGAUCUACUCAGGUCCCCGUCUUAUCUUCCCUCUGACUGUGGAACAAGUGGCUGCCAUGGUAGAGGCCUUCAGGAAUAAAAGACAGCUCCACUCUCGGUACGUUCUCCAACUUCUCCUGGAAACAUGGAAGUUACUCCGAAAGCUGCCAAACAUCAGUCGAAUCUCCACCUGUCACAGCAAAGAAAUCACCGUUUGUGGUGAUUUACAUGGGCAGCUUGAAGACCUGCUGUUGAUAUUUUACAAGAAUGGCAUGCCAUCAUUGGAUCGGCCAUAUGUUUUCAAUGGAGACUUUGUUGAUCGAGGCAAAGAUUCCAUUGAGAUUCUCCUCAUCCUUUUUGCCUUCCUGCUCGUGUAUCCAAACGAUGUUCACCUCAACAGGGGAAACCAUGAAGACCAUAUUGUCAACUUGAGGUAUGGCUUCACCAAGGAGGUGUUGGGGAAAUACAAGAUGCACGGCAAGAGGAUCCUAAAGCUGCUUCAGAAGAUCUUCAGCUGGUUGCCCCUGGCAACAGUCAUCGAUCAGAAAGUGUUGAUCCUGCAUGGGGGCAUCUCCAACACCACGGACCUCUGCCUCAUAGCCAGAGUGGACAGACACAAAUACGUGUCAGCCCUGAGGCCUCCUAAGAAGAGGACACAAUACCCAGUGAGUCAGUCCUCUGUGGACUUGGACAUGGAAGACGACCUGUCAGGCACCAAGAACAACCAGCGCCGGGUCUCCCUGAUCAAGGCCAACUCUUUCGGACCCCGGGAUGGCUUCCAGCGCCGCUCACUCCAGGACCUUUCCGGCAGGGUCCCCCGGACCGUUGACGAGGAGAUAGAGGUGCGGCGGAGGCAGUCUGGCUUCAUCAAGGGCGGCUUCAGCCAUAGUCAGGGGGAACUCAAUAACCUGGCCGUCUCCUCAGCGUCGCAGGAAUCCACCGACACAGCAGACACUACCGUAGAGGAGUGGAAACAGAUUCUGGACCUACUGUGGAGUGACCCCAUGUCUCAGAGCGGCUGCAUACCCAACGAGGUGCGAGGAGGAGGCUGCUACUGGGGGCCAGACGUCACCCAGGACUUCCUGGACAGACACAACAUGCAGCUCAUCAUCCGCUCCCACGAGUGCAAGCAGGAUGGCUAUGAGUUUUGCCACAACCGCAGGGUCCUCACCCUGUUCUCUGCCUCCAACUACUAUGAAGUGGGCAGCAACAGAGGGGCCUACGUGAAAUUGGGACCAGACCUAGUGCCUUAUUUGAUUCAGUACCAGGCUAGCAGUAUGACUCGAGAACUCACCCUCAGGAAAAAUGUGGGGAAGGUGGAACAUUCAGCCCUCAAGGUCCUGCGGGAACAGCUGUUUGCACACAAGUCUGACCUCGUCAGUGCCUUCCAAGAGUUUGACAAAGACAAAACAGGGCAGGUGUCUCUGAAUGACUGGGCUACGGCGGUAGAGAGUGUGCUGCGUCUAGGCCUACCCUGGAGGAUGCUGCGCUUUCAGCUGGCCACCUGCAAGACCCCGGGGGGCAUGUUGGACUACCAGGAGUGGUUCCAGGAACUUUCCAUAAAAGAGCCACAAAUGGAGCACAUCGAUCAGGGUUUGCUGGAGACCCUGUACCGCCAUCGCGCCACCUUGGAGACCAUCUUCAGAAUAGUGGAUUUAGACAACUCAGGGUUCAUCACGAUGGAGGACUUCCGUCAGACGUGGAAGCUGCUGAGUGCCUUCUUAAAGAUGGAGAUCACUGACGAGGCUAUCUCGGACCUGUCCGUCACCAUAGACACCAACCAGGACGGCAACAUUGACAUCGAUGAGUUCAUGGAGGCCUUCCGGCUGACAGACAAGAAAAGCCGGCUGGAGAGGGGAAAGAGCAUGUUUAUGGGGACUACCACUGACCUGACCAAACUAGAGGGGGACCCCAAUAUAUGAGGGAUUAGUUGGACUGGAGGGGGAGCCCAAUAUAUGAGGGAUUAGUGGGACUGGAGGGGAAGCCCAACAAGUAUGUAGUAGUUUGAGUAAAAAAAAAAAUUAAAACAGACACUAUCCACUCAAGACCAACAAACUACUACUAGUGGGAGAAGUUCCGUAUGGAGAGAGAGAAUGUAAGAGAGACUGCUUGUUUAUUACCUCAGGGGCUAUGGAGGUAGCGCACAAACAAACAAGCCAACAAGCUGCUUUGAUCAUUGACGCACAUUGAGACACUGAGACUAUGGAGUGUUACAGCAGUGUCGAUUAGGCUAGAAGGUGGAUAGCAGACAAUCUCCUUGUGGUGAUUAGAGCGUAUGGCUGGAUUUUAUUUUCGUCAUAGGUUGAAGUUCAAGAAAACACCACAGAGUGAUGUAGUUUUGGAUUAAUUCAGUAUGUAUGCAGAUGCAGAGGCCAACAAUAAAUAUACACAACGUUGUCAUAGUUGAUGUCCUUCCAAGCGGAGUGACUUGCACAUAAUUUGAAAUGUUCAAAUAUGAAAAACAUUAUAUUUUUGCCAGAUUCAUGUAAAUAGAUCCGGACUGUUAUUGGUGCCUUAGUGAUAGAAUAGGGAAAGCAUUCCAUCAUUUUAGUGAAACUCUUAUUAAUGUACUGAUUGAAUCGUGUCAUUGCCAACCUGUCCACUGGAUGUGGUAGUAAGGUUAUAUAUCUCCAAGGGGACAUUGGUUUUUUCCAGUGGCGACCCGUCAUUCAGGGAAGGUGGGGCAGAGACCCACCUGUUUUGAGCCCCAACUGUUAAAUAUAUAUAUACAGUACCAGUCAAAGGUUUGGACACACCUACUCAUUGCAAGGUUUUUCUUUAUUUUUUGACUAUUUUCUACAUUGUAGAAUAAUAGAGAAGACAUCAAAACUAUGAAAUAACACAUACGGAAUCAUGUAGUAACCAAAAAAGGGUUAAACAAAUCAAAAUACAUAAUAUAUUUUAGAUUCUUCAAAAAGUAGCCACCCUUUGCCUUGAUGACAGCUUUGCACACGCUUGGUAUUCUCUCAUCCAGAUUCACCUGGAUUGCAGUCUUGAAGGAGUUCCCACAUAUGCUGAGCACUUGUUGGCUGAUUUUCCUUCACUCUGUGGUCCAACUCACCCCAAACCAUCUCAGUUGGGUUGAGGUCGGGUGAUUGUGGAGGCCAGGUCAUCUGAUGCAGUACUCCCAUCACUCUCCUUCUUGGUCAGAUAUCCCUUACACAGCCUGGAGGUCUGUUGGGUCAUUGUCCUGUUGAAAACAAAUGAUAGUCCCACUAAGCGCCAACCAGAUGGGAUGGCGUAUUGCUGCCGAAUUCUGUCGUAGCCAUGCUGGUUAAGUGUGCCUUAAAUUCUAAAUAAAUCACUGACAGUGUCAUCAGCAAAGCACCUCUACACCAUCACACCUCCUCCUCCAUGCUUCACGGUAGGAACCAGACAUGCGGAGAUCGUCCAUUUACCUACUCAUCAGACCAAAGGACACCUUUUCACCGGUCUAAUGUCCAUUGCUCGUGUUUCUUGGCCCAAGCAAGUCUCUUCUUCUUCUUGGUGUCCUUUAGUAGUGGUUGCUUUGCAUCAAUUUGACCAUGAAGGCCUGAUUCAUGCAGUGAACAGUUGAUGUUGAAAUGUGCCUGUUACUUGCACUCUGUGAAGCAUUUAUUUCAACUGCAAUUUGAGGUGCAGUUAACACUAAUGAACUUAUCCUCUGCAGCAGAGGUAACUUUGGGUCUUCCUUUCCAGUGCCGGUCCUCAUGAGAGCCAGCUCAACAUAGCACUUGAUGGUUUUUGCUACUGCAAUUGAAGAAACAUUCAAAGUUCUUGAAAUGUUCCUCAUUGACUGACUUUCAUGUCUUCAAGUAAUGAUGGACUGUAAUUUUCUUUUCUUAUUUGAGCUGUUCCUGCCAUAAUAUGGACUUGGCAAAGGGUGGCUACUUUGAAGAAUCUCAAAUAUAACAUUUAUUUUGGUUACUACAUGAUUCCAUAUGUGUUAUUUCAUAGUUUUGAUGUCUUCACUAUUAUUAUACAAUGUAGAAAAUAGUAAAAAUAAAGAAAAACCCUUGAAGGUGUGUCCAAACCAUUGACCUGUACUGUCGAUAUUUUGCUGUUGCCUGUUUUGCAUGUUAUUUUGGAAUUAAUAUGUGUCACAGUUCGCAAACAAUGUAACAAAAAUAUAUAGUUGAGUUAAUAAAGCCGCAUACAAACAUGGUC